AAUCUUCAUACGGGAGAACUGGCUGCUGUAAAAAUAAUCAAGUUAGAGCCUGGAGACGACUUUUCAUUGAUACAGCAAGAAAUAUAUAUGGUUAAAGAAUGCAAACACUGCAACAUAGUCGCCUAUUUUGGGAGCUAUCUCAGCCGUGAGAAGCUGUGGAUAUGCAUGGAAUACUGCGGCGGGGGCUCCCUCCAAGAUAUUUACCAUGUAACAGGACCUCUGUCAGAGUUACAAAUCGCAUAUGUGUGCAGAGAAACUUUACAGGGUCUUGCUUAUUUGCAUAUGAAGGGCAAAAUGCAUAGAGAUAUAAAGGGUGCAAACAUCCUACUAACAGACCAUGGAGAUGUCAAAUUAGCUGACUUCGGUGUAGCAGCAAAAAUAACGGCCACCAUUGCAAAGAGGAAAUCGUUUAUUGGUACCCCUUACUGGAUGGCCCCCGAAGUGGCGGCGGUGGAAAAGAACGGCGGCUACAACCAGCUCUGCGAUAUCUGGGCGGUCGGCAUUACGGCGAUCGAACUGGCAGAGCUUCAGCCGCCCAUGUUUGAUCUUCACCCCAUGAGGGCUUUGUUUUUAAUGUCAAAAAGUAAUUUUCAACCGCCAAAGCUAAAGGAAAAAGCAAAAUGGUCAUCAACGUUCCAUAAUUUUGUCAAAAUAGCGCUUACAAAAAACCCAAAGAAGAGGCCGACAGCAGACCGACUCCUUUCUCAUAGCUUUGUUGGGCAGCCUGGUCUUUCAAGGUCUUUAGCGGUUGAGCUGUUGGACAAAGUCAAUAAUCCUGACAACCACACACACUACAGCGAAGUCGACGAUGAUGAUUUUGAGCCUCACUCCGUUAUCCGCCAUACGAUUCGUUCUACAAACAGGAACAUCAGGGCAGAAAGAACAGCAUCGGAGAUAAACUUUGAUAAGCUGCAGUUUGAGCCCCCGCUACGGAAAGAAACAGAAGCUCGGGAUGAAAUGGUUGUGGCAGCUGGCACUGACUUCGCUUCGCAUUGGAAUCCUUUUGUUGAUGGUGGAAGCAGCAAAUCAACACUGAAGCGAGCAGGGCCACCUCCGCUACCUCCUAAGCCGAGAAUCAACAGUUACCCUGAGGAGAACCUCCCAGAUGAUGAGAAAUGUCAGACAAUAAAACAUUUCCCAGACUCGCAGAACAGAGCCCCACCAGCUCACAGGAGACAGAGUAUCCCUGUUUGCGGGCCACAGGCCGAUUCGUCCCCCGUUGGGAUGACCAGAAAUGGGGAUGGCAUGCUGAAACUCAUUGAGGAAAAUGCAGAAGGGUCAGGACAAAUCCCUCAACUGCCACGUAAAAAAGAGAAAAGAGAUUUUCCCAAGCCAGCAAUCAACGGUUUACCACCAACACCGAAGGUGCUGAUGGGAGCGUGUUUUUCCAAAGUCUUUGAUGGUUGUCCUUUGAAGAUUAAUUGUGCAACAUCAUGGAUACAUCCAGAUACUAAAGAUCAGUACAUUAUCUUUGGCACGGAAGAAGGUAUCUAUACUUUGAAUUUGAAUGAACUUCACGAAGCGACGAUGGAACAGUUAUUUCCCCGAAAGUGCACCUGGUUGUAUGUUAUCAAUAACACCUUAAUGUCCUUGUCAGAAGGGAAAACGUUCCAGCUCUACUCCCAUAAUUUAAUAGCUUUGUUUGAACAAGCCAAAAAAACAGGAUUAGCUGCUCAUAUUCAAACCCAUCGCUUUCCUGACAAAAUAUUACCGAGGAAGUUUGCCUUAACGACAAAGAUCCCUGAUACAAAAGGAUGCCACAAAUGCUGCAUAGUACGAAAUCCAUACACGGGACAUAAGUACCUGUGUGGUGCAUUGCAGUCUGGAAUUGUUCUGCUACAGUGGUAUGAGCCAAUGCAGAAAUUCAUGUUAAUAAAGCACUUUGAUUUUCCUUUGCCAAGCCCUCUGAAUGUGUUUGAAAUGCUAGUGAUACCAGAGCAGGAGUACCCGAUGGUCUGCGUGGCGAUCAGUAAGGGUACCGAACCAAAUCAGGUAGUUCAGUUUGAGACAAUCAACUUGAACUCUGCUUCUUCGUGGUUUACAGAAAUUGGUGCAGGCAAUCAGCAGUUAGACGCCAUUCAUGUAACACAGCUGGAAAGAGACACUGUCCUCGUCUGCCUGGACAAAUUUGUGAAAAUUGUGAAUUUACAAGGGAAACUGAAGUCAAGCAAGAAAUUGGCCUCCGAGCUGAGCUUUGAUUUCUGCAUUGAGUCAGUGGUGUGCCUUCAAGACAGUGUGCUGGCCUUCUGGAAGCAUGGCAUGCAGGGCAAAAGCUUCAAGUCAGAUGAAGUUACCCAAGAGAUAUCAGAUGAAACCCGAGUUUUCCGCUUACUGGGCUCAGACAGAGUGGUAGUGUUAGAAAGCAGGCCGACCGAAAAUCCGACUGCCCACAGCAAUCUCUACAUCUUGGCCGGACAUGAAAAUAGUUACUAA